AUGUCCACUUGUGAAUCUGAUAGAGUUAAGGAACAAAUUAUCCCAUUAUUUGGGCUUGGGAUUGCACAUUCGCGUGCUCCCAUGCUUCACAAUUUUAUUUUUGCAAAGCUUGGACUUCCUUGGAAAUAUGUUCUUUUUGAUAGUGAUAACGUUGAAUCAUUUAAAGAAAAUUAUUAUGAUGAUUUCUUUGCAUGUGCUGUUACUAUGCCGAACAAGAUUAUUAUGACACAACAUGUAGAUAGUGUAGAUGAAGGGGCAGUUGCAGUUGGUGCAAUCAAUACUAUUUAUUCUAGAACAAUUGAUGGAAACAAGGUUAAAAUUGGAACAAAUACUGAUACUAUUGGUAUUAGAGAUGCAAUUUUAUUUAAUUCUCCACAAAUCAGUAUAGAAAGAGCCAAGGGUAAACCUGGAUUGGUUUAUGGAGGUGGUGGAGCUUCGAGAUCUGCCGUAUAUGCCCUUGUUGAAUAUUUGGGAUGUCUGAAGGUUUACAUAAUCAAUCGGUUUAAACAAGAAGUUGAAUCCCUUGAGAAAUCCAUGGUUGAAGGAGGAUUUAAAGGUCAAAUUCUACAUGUAGAAACACCUGAACAAGCACAAAACCUAGAGGUACCAAACUUAAUUGUAUGUACUAUUCCAGAUUUUGCACCCACUACUUUAGAAGAAAUACGUGCAAAAUCAACUUUAGAUGUAUUUAAAAAAAAUGGUGAUGGAGUUGUAUUAGAAAUGUGUUACCAUCCAAACCCCAAGACUCGAUUAUACCAAGAAUUUCAAGAAUCUAAUUGGUUUGUUAUAUCCGGAAUUGAAGCAAUGAUAUACCAAGCAUUUGCUCAACAGGUUCUUUGGACUGGUUACAAUAUGAAGGAGUUACACACCAAGGAAGCAAUUGAGUAUGUACAUAAUAAUUUAUGA